GCAACAACACACCGCCAACGACGUCAGCCUCUCCUUCUCGCAUGCGCAUAAUGAUCCCAUGAACGAUUCGAAUUAGCAACCCUUAAUUUGACGAUAUAGAUCCCCCAUCAUGGCGUCGGCGGUGUUCUUUCUUGACUUGAAGGGCAAGACCCUGCUGGCGCGCAACUACCGUGGUGACAUCCCUAUGUCAGCGGUCGAGAAGUUUCCUGUUCUGCUUAGCGAGGCUGAAGAAGAGAGCUCCGCCGUACCGCCAUGCUUCUCCAACGAAGGCAUCAACUACCUCUACAUCCGCCAUAACAACUUGUAUCUCCUCGCCCUGACCAAGCGUAACACCAAUGCCGCCGAAAUUCUUCUCUUCCUCCACAAGAUCGUCGAGGUCUUCACAGAGUACUUUAAGGAACUUGAGGAGGAGAGUAUAAGAGACAACUUCGUUGUCAUCUACGAGCUGCUGGACGAGAUGAUGGACUUUGGAUAUCCACAAACGACCGAGACAAAGAUCUUGCAGGAGUACAUCACACAAGAGUCACACAAGCUCGAGGUACAAGCACGGCCACCUAUCGCAGUCACAAAUGCCGUUAGUUGGCGAAGUGAAGGCAUUCGCUACCGCAAGAACGAAGUCUUCCUCGAUGUCGUCGAAUCGCUCAAUCUUCUUGUAUCCGCGAACGGAAACGUACUGCGAUCCGAGAUUUUGGGUGCCAUUAAGAUGAAGUGCUACCUGUCCGGUAUGCCUGAGCUGCGGUUGGGUCUGAACGAUAAGGCCAUGUUCGAAACAACAGGAAGAGCAACAAGAGGAAAGGCGGUCGAGAUGGAAGACGUCAAGUUCCAUCAGUGUGUGCGUUUGUCAAGAUUCGAGAAUGACCGGACAAUCAGUUUCAUCCCACCAGAUGGCGAGUUCGAGCUGAUGAGCUACCGUCUCAAUACACAAGUCAAGCCGUUGAUCUGGGUUGAGUGCAUAGUCGAGAGCCAUUCUGGUAGCAGGAUAGAGUACAUGCUGAAGGCCAAAGCACAGUUCAAGAGGCGAAGCACAGCGAACAACGUCCAAAUCUCGAUCCCUGUACCCGAAGACGCCGACACACCUCGAUUCCGCACAAACAUCGGUACCGUACACUACGCGCCGGAGACAUCCUCGAUAGUAUGGAAGAUCAAGCAAUUCGGAGGAAGUAAGGAAUUCUUGAUGCGCGCAGAACUUGGUCUGCCUUCUGUGCGUGGUGACGAUGAGAAGGGUGGCGGUAUGAUGGGUGGUUUUGGCGGCAGCAUGGGUGGUGUUGGAGGUGGAAAGGCAAAGAGGCCGAUCAACGUCAAGUUUGAGAUCCCCUAUUUCACGACAAGUGGUAUCCAGGUCCGGUACCUGAAGAUCAUCGAACCCAAGCUGCAAUAUCCAUCGUUGCCUUGGGUACGAUACAUCACUCAAUCCGGCGAUAUUGCUGUACGAUUACCGGACGUGGCUUAGACGAAGGGAGACGAUUGAUGAUAGACAUGCCGAAUCAAACGAUGAAGCCGCACGAACAUAGCUGUCAUUCUAUAUUUGGCUGAUGCUAAACAGAUUCAUUGUUACUCGUUUUUGAAUCACAUAUGA